CGCAAACCCCGCAACCCCUUGUGCAACGCGUAGUAUUUGAGAGCUGUUUUUCACAACAUAACCAAGAAAGUGACUGAAGGAUCAACAACAAGAAGUUAAUAUCCUUUUAACGUAUAUAUCGACAAUAUGCCUAAAGUGAGAAGAAGCAAGAAAUCUCCGCCAGAAGGUUGGGAAUUAAUCGAACCCACUUUGGACGAGCUGGAUCAGAAGAUGAGAGAAGCUGAGACCGAAUCUCACGAGGGAAAACGCAAGCAGGAAUCGUUGUGGCCGAUCUUCAAAAUCCACCAUCAGAAAUCCAGAUACAUAUACGACCUGUUUUACAGGAGGAAAGCGAUCAGCAGGGAGCUGUACAACUUCUGCUUGGAGGAGAAGAUUGCCGACAAGAAUCUGAUUGCUAAAUGGAAGAAAACCGGUUACGAGAACCUUUGCUGCCUUCGCUGCAUCCAGACGAGGGACACCAACUUUGGAACAAACUGUAUAUGCAGAGUGCCUAAAGGGAAAUUGGAGGAGGGAAGGAUCGUGGAGUGCGUCCACUGCGGAUGCAGAGGUUGCUCCGGUUGAUUCAGCAAUAUAAGUGUUUAUUUCUUUAUUAUUUUUUUGAAAAAAUGUUUGUGGAUAUUUCGAAAAGUUUAUAUUGGGUAAUUAUUG